AUGACUCCUUCGCGCCCGUCCCUGCAACCCAUGGCCUGCGAAUGGUGUGGCAGCACUGCCAACCUCCGCCGCUGCACAGGCUGCAAAGCCAUCUACUACUGCAGCCAGUCACAUCGCCUUUCACACCAGGCUGCCCACAAGCCCGCGUGCGAGGCCGUCGGGAGCGCCUUGGCCGGUGUCGUCAAGGAAGAAAUCCCAUUCCGCGCCUCCUUCUUCAAUGGCCGCCACCCCACCAUCCCUCGCCACCAUUUGCCUGAGGCCCGGAGGUACACAGCUGCCCGGCGGUGGUGGAUCUUAGUCCUCCUGGAGAAGUUUGGACAGGCAGGCGGUCGGCGGCAUGUUGUCGAGACUGCCCUGGACCACUGCCUGGAGGUGAUGCGCGAGAAGCAGGACGACAUCUCCGAGCUUGGACGCUUCGUGCCUUCGCUACUGCUUCGGCUUGGCAGAGACCAGGAGGCGUAUGAUUUCAUCAAAUGGUAUGUCGCGGUUGAGCACGGCUGGGGUUGGGGAAAUUCGAGGCUGGGAUACCUGGGUGUCAAGAAUGCAGAUGUGCUCGAGUAUCCCGCAUUCGAGGUGGAGAACCGACUUGACACAUGGCCAAGCCUACCCAGCGACCUGAACUACUUCAUGCUGUCUGCCUUGAUUCUCGUCAAGAUGCGAGUCCUCGAUGAGCUUCUGAGCAUUCAGAAUACUUUUCGGGCAUUGAAUGGUUUCAUGCUCCCUGAGAUUCUUGAAAUUGUCCAAGCUCAGCUUCUCAUCGGGGCCCUUAAAUCACGAACUGAAAUCGUCAGGCGCUCUACAGAUGAUAUAUCUGUGCUGAUUUUACAGACUAAAAUCCACAUCAUGGCUCUCGUUGAUGCUGCUGAACAACAUCACUCUACAAGCUGGAGGGCGAUGAGAGGGCAAAAGGCGGUUAAUGCCUCUCAAGAUCCCGAAGCCGAUGCCUUGUGCAACCGCUCUGCGUGGCUGGAGACUCAUGGCGCACUGGGAACUCUGAACCGUGCGGCUGAGCUGCGUGAAAAGAACUGCGGGUACCUCAAGUAUGAAUACAUCAGAAACAAUGGCCAUAAGAGAUUGGUGGCCAAGCAUGUAGCCACGUCGGCCCUAGCUAGUUCAUAG